CGAUUUUGCUACUGUGCAAGAUGGCAGCAACAAUUCUAAAACCCGGCACUUUUAAGCAUAUUACGUGUCGGAAUAAUAUUUACCCAAAAAGUACAGUGAAACGCUUUAUCGUGCCAGAUGAAUUCGUCUAUUGGUCGGUAGACUAUAGCAAAUAUACGCCUCCAAUUUAUACUGCGCCACACAUCAAUGGACAACCUUGGGCUGAUGCGGACAUCGGAUGUGCGGACUUUCAAGUGAAAUGGAAUGAGCUAGAUGGCGCUGUAAAUCGGAUCUCGUUUAACGGCAUUUAUAAAAUUGAAAAUGGAUAUCCGAUAAAUCCGAUUGGGCGUACUGGCCUGCGCGGGCGUGGAUUACUGGGUCGUUGGGGCCCAAACCAUGCUGCCGAUCCGGUAGUAACUCGCUGGAAGCGGGAUGCUGAUGGAAAUGUGAUACGGAAUAGUGAAACCAAAAAAAGUAUUUUGCAAAUGGUAGCAAUUCAACGUCAUGACAAUAAAAUGUGGGCCAUACCAGGCGGAAUGGUGGAUCCGGGCGAAAAGGUUAGCGUAACACUUAAACGCGAAUUCAUGGAAGAAGCUUUGGAUAGCUUUGAUAACCAAAAGAUGAUAGAGGAGUUCUUCGCAAAAGGGGUAGAGAUCUAUAAAGGAUAUGUGGAUGACUUCCGAAAUACAGAUAAUGCUUGGAUUGAAACAGUGGCGUACAAUUUCCACGAUGAAGAUGGAACUCAGGUGGGAAAAUUGAUGCUCUCAGCAGGGGAUGAUGCCGCCAAUGUUAAGUGGCUGGACACAGACAGUAGCAUACAACUGCACGCCAAUCAUGUUGACAUAGUAAAACAGGUUAUAGAGCGUUUGAACGCACAUUGGUAGAAUGUUAGUUUAUCAUUUGUUUGAAAAAAAGCGCCGCUAUAAAAAUUUUUCGCAGAAAAUGGAUAAAAGUUAA